AUGUCUGCAGAACCAACAGCCAAUGACACCAGUUCUCUGGGUAUAGAUAACAACGGUCAGCUUGAAAAAGAGUUAGAAGAGACUAUAGAUGCUAAUCGUGACCAGCUAUUUGAAAAUAUUGAAAAGGAGGUGGAGAAAGACUUGGUUGAAAUCAAUCAUUCAAAUCUCUUAAGAAACUUUCACCAUGUUAACUCUCCAAGCUCUGUUGAACCCCAAUUAACAAACCUGUGGAUUUCUCAAAUUUAUACCUUUAUCUUACGAGAAGUUUUGAACAUUGAUAUUAGGUGUUUCUCUGUGAAUGCUAAGGAUGUUGAACGUAUUGAGUACGGUCCCUUCAGUUUUACUACAUUCGUCAAAUUAUGGAAGCUGCCUUUUUCCAUUGCAAGUUCAACCAACGUUUCACUAAAUGGAAGCAAUCAGAUGGUUCUGAAUGGUUCAUCUAGUCAGCUUAAAAGGAGAUUUACAGAUAUAGGCAUUGAGAAUCUUUCCAAAGUCAAUUAUGAAGGCUACUUGUUGAAAAACAUUAAACAAAUGGAGGAUGAAAUUUUUGAUAGGGUUAGGAAAUUGGAUAUGUACUCGUACAAGUCAGAAUUGAAGUAUUUAUUGCAAUCGAGUUUAGUUCACUGCUUUGGUCAUCAUGGAUACCGGCUAGCUGCUGCUUCAGAGAAUGGUCUUGCAAGUCAAUUCUCUAAUCGAGUAAUAAGUCCGGUGGUGGAAUUUCUUUCAUUUGUUUUCAGCAUGACAUUAACACACCACGAAGACAGUGGUUUAGGAUUUGGAAACACUUUGCCAGGUGAUUCCUUGAAAAAAGAACUAGAAAGUUUAGGAGUUAGUAGUUCACAUAUUGACAAGGUUGUUACCAUGAAUUCUGGUUCUGCUAGUGAAGACGGGAGAGACAAAAAGGUUUUAUUUAUUGAACAUAGAAAAGCUCCAAAGGUCUCAAAAAUGGGUUCACCAGAUGAUUUGGAAAAGAUCAAGGGUAUUUUGUUGCAGGUAUUUUCCUACAAGGCCUGCUCAAAUGAGUUAAACUGUGGUAUUAUCAAUGAUCUUUAUGGGUCUUUGUUGGUUUUUUUCGACUCAAAUGAUUUCAAGCAUACUGAAGAUGGUCUGUUUACUUUGAAGAAUGUUCAAUCUUAUCAAGUUAACGAUGUUGAGUUUUUCUAUCAGGUGGAUGAUAAUGAAAAGCAUCAUCUCAAUUCAAGGAUUAUUGUUUCAAUGAUGAUUUACAUGGAAAUAAAGAAAUAUAUGAAAAAAGAUUCUGAGAAAGGGACCAAGACAACCCAGCCUGUUUCUGGUUUGGAGCUCAAGAUGGAUCAAAGCAACUAUAGGGAGCCUCUGAAGGUCCUGAAUUCAAAGGUUAAUGAGUCCAUAAAAGAUCUGAAUCUAAAAAAGGGUAAAAAACUUUCAACCUUGAAAAGUGAUGAAAAAUCAAAAGGCCAAAAAAGGGCAUUGAGAACAGCAACAAGUGGUGAAGCAAAAAGAAAGAAAGGUCUGAGACCCUGA